AUGUCCGGGCCCACUUCCUUUUCAUCCUCCGGAGAAGACGUCAUUGCACGAAGUAUUGAGUUGAAUGAAGACGAUAUCACUACUCUAUCUCAAGACGAACUUGAUGACUACUACGAGAUUAACCGCACCGUAGAUCAAAUCGUGCAAGGAGACUAUGCCCGAAUUGCACUUCAGUUUCCUGACGAGCUGUUGCAUGAUUCAGUCCCAAUCUUUCGUGCAUUAAAAUCGAAGAUUGGAAGUGGACGGGAGCUUUAUGUGCUCGCAGAUACAUCUUAUGGCAGGCAGGCUUUUGCUCCUGUUUUCUGGGAUCACAGUCUAAUACCCGUCACUCUACCUCGUACACUACGGUCAUGCGUGUAUGAAACAUCGCGUCUGCCGGUAAUAUAUAUUUUUGGAAAACGGGAUGUGGAUCCUGCAGAUUGUGCCAAGCAAUUGUUGAAUUCUCUCAAAACAUCGUCAAUGGGCCUAGAGUCUCGGAGUAUCCUGUUCCGGCACGAUGUUGCAUACAGUCACCAAGCAGAUGCCAUUCUAAUGCAGCUACGAGAUCUGCUGCCACCUUCAGCACAUAUAUUUCAUUCUUCUCCAACAGUGUUCAUGCGUCCUCGAGAUAAAAAUGUGUGUCAGGCUACGUCAGAUGCUUUAACUGAGAAUAGCCAGCCUACCAGUGCGCCGAGUGGUGAUCCGGGAUCAAUGAAGGAUUAUGCUGUGAUAUAUAUCGGCGGCGAAAGUUUAACCUUGACAAACCUCCUCGUCACACAUUCAUUCUAUGAGGUUCAUGCAUAUGACCCAAGAACAAGAGUUGCUCGCCUAGAAUCAGCCCGUACUAACAAGCUGCUUAUGCGACGGUAUUCUACGAUGCAGAAAGCCAGAGAUGCUGAUGUUUUUGGCAUCCUAAUCGGGACGUUGGGCGUCGGGAAGCUCAAUCCUGCGAAACUUGCGAAUUUUCUGGAGAUUGAGUGUUUUGUUUUGGUUGCUUGUCCCGAAAAUAGCAUAAUUGAGGCAAAGGAGUUUUUGCGGCCAAUUGUCACACCCUACGAGCUUGAAAUUGCGCUGCAAGCUGAGCAGAGCUGGACUGGUCAAUAUAUACUUGACUUCAAUACGCUCCUCGCUGAGAGUCGUAAUGACGCAGACGACACGCUUUCCGAAGUGCAGGAUGAGGGUCUAGACCAACCUAUCUUUUCACUUGUUACUGGUCGAUAUCGGCAAGCAAAACGAUAUGGAGAUUCGGCCAAUGGAGAGAAUGACGCUCGGGCGUCUGCCUUGGUGCUCCGUAACCGAGAGAAUGCAGUGGCCACAUCAUCUAAUGGCGCAGCAGGUAUGAUCAGGCGACUAUCAAUUUUGCGAAGAACACGAAUCUAA